AUGCUGCGUAAUUUAGAUUUUAAAACAAAUGGUGUACCUCAACAACUAAAAAUAGAUGAAACGCCUCAUGUUAAUUUGACUGAAAAACCUGAAGAUCGACCUUCUAAUAAGUCUCAAGAAGUUUCCAUAAAGGAUAUAAGUGAAGAGGUGAGUCGAAAAGAAAAUGAUUUACAUGAUGAUGCUAUCCAUCAAGAUUUAAAUGAUAUUGACAUUGUUAUACAACCAGAAGUUACAAGAGUCAACAGUGGGCCGAGUGACGCACAGAACUUGGAAAAAAUAAAAUUUAUGUUAAAGGAAAUAAAGAAAAUGUUGAAAAAAGAAACGAAACAGACGGGAGUAGAAAAUGAUUAUUUUAAAUCGUACGUGCCGAUAAGUGAAGAUGUCGACAAUCCAGAGCCUCGAGGUAUGGCAAGGACUUCCAUAAAUUUUGUGGAUGGAUUGAAUCUUAUUAAUAGAGGCAGGAAGAUACACGAUAUUGUCUAG